AUGGAGCUUGAGGACACAGCAGCAAGCAGGGUUCCCAUUGGAUUUCCUCUGGGUUUGGCCCUUCUCUUUGCCUGUUUACUAUUCAUUUGUGGCUUCUUUUGCUGCUGCUUACAUUGGAAUAAGCUCCAAUCUUUGUUUCGAUCUUCUAGGGUUAUGACCCCUCAGCCUCAUAUACAAGCAGACUUAACUUCCUCUCCCCAAAAACCAGCUUUUCCUGUUCUGAUGAUGAAGCAGAACUAUGCUAAAAGCUUGCCUGUGCUGAUGCCAGGGGAUGAGAUCCCAAAAUUCAUAGCCACGGCAUGCCCAUGUCAGCCUCCAAGAGAAGAAAGGAUCACAAUCCAUGUGGACAAGGGAGCAACCACUGAUUUUUGCAGUGGCAACUAAUUAAGAGUUCUCGAUUUCAAGGGAAAGCAUUUCAGAAUUCAAGGUUGCCUACAUAUAUAUACGCAUAUCAUGGACCAUGGACCCUCUCAAUAUACAACAGCUAACGGCUCUUUGAUAGCUAUGUGCUGUGAAAGAUGAUCUCCAAGCUCAUUGAAGGUGCCAGAAAAUACAAAAUUCGGGAGCCCAUUUUUUUUAGUCAGAAUGGGAUGAAAAUGGUUGUAAUAUCAACCUUUUCUAUUUUUUUUUAAUUUUUUUUAAUUUUACCCUUCUCCCCAUUUCAAGGAUACUUUUAUCAGCUCCUUUUAGGAAUGAUGCCACUACCUGAAUGCAUCAUUUCACAGCCCUGUAAUAUAAUUUGUGUUUAAAUCUUAUUACAGUAUUACAUAUUUUUCUUUUUCUGAGUGUAUUCUGUUAGCAAUUUGUAUUCUCUUAGCAUUUGUUAGCAUUGCUUUCUGUUUGG